CUCAGUCGCCUAGCCUUCUUUUCUUUAGGAUUUUGAUACGACCGUCAUGAUGCCCAAAACGACGCCGUCGCUUCUACGGAGGAAACAACCUCAACCAACCAUAACAUCACUGCAUCUUCCGUUCGAUCUGGUGGAAGAAGAAAUACUGUGUAGACUCCCGGUCAAACACCUCCUCCGACUCCGCUGCGUCUCUAAAUCAUGGAAUUCUCUUAUCUCUGGAGAUUCCAACUUCGCCAACAAGCACCUCCGCUUGUCAAUCGCUAACUACGACCACCACCACCUCAUCCUAUCUUCACCUGAGUUCGUUCUAUUUCAUUCUCCAAUCUCCUCUUUCUUCAGCUCCGCAAACAUUACUAUGUCCAUCUACUCUCUACGUGAGUCUCUUAACAAAAAAAUACUAUAUGCUAACAGAGCUUCCACUUGUGACGGCAUCAUAUGUUUUAAGAUAGAUAAUUCUUCUGCUCUCUUGUGUAACCCUUCUAUUAGAAAAUUCAAAAUAUUGCCUCCUAUAUCAUUUUCAGACCAAGGAUACUUUCAAACCUUAUAUACAUUAUAUACAUUAGUGUAUGAUCGUUUCACCAAUAAAUAUAAGAUUAUUGCGGUUUAUACUUGUAGUUUAAAAAAAGAAGUCCAUGUUCAUACUUUGGGUACAGAUUAUUGGAGAAGAAUUCAGGACUAUCCAGGUCCUAACUUCAUUCUUAGGGCUAGAUCGGGAACAUUUGUGAAUGACUCUGUUAAUUGGUUGACACGUGAGUCUGAUAGUUGCGCACAAUACAUUGUUUCUCUUGAUUUGGAGAAAGAGUUGUAUCAAAAGCUUUCACUGCCCGUCUUUGACGUGCAUUUCACAACUUCUUGUGUUACUACCUUAGGGACAUUGAGGGGUUGUUUGUCUCUCUUCUGUUACAGGGACAUGUUUUGUGAUGUUUGGAUUAUGAAGGAAUAUGGUAAUCAAAAGUCUUGGACUAAAUUGUUAACUGUUCCUCCCAUGAGAGACUGUCAUUAUUAUAGCUAUUCCGAGGUGUUUUAUAUUUCAAAGGAUGACCAAGUGCUGAUGGAGGUUAUGAAGAGUGGGUACUUUACUUUGGUGGUUUAUGAUUCCAUAAAUAAUAUUUUUAAGAUUCCUAAUUUUCAAAAUUAUGCGAUGACACCAGACGUCUAUGUUGAGAGUUUGAUAUCACCUUUGUAGAUGCUGUUCUAUAUGACGUAGUUUAGAGACUCGGCUGCAACCUUUAAGUUAACACAUCAU